GGCAAGUUUGACAGAACCAACCUUAAGUUUUUAACUCUUAAGGGGGAUUCAAACUCAUCAAAAUGUUGUUUUCCUAUGCUAAAAACUUCCUUAAACGGUUUUGUGUUGAUGACUACCUACUGAAUGCAAAAACUGACAGUUGUUUCUUCUCUACCGAUCUACUCCCAUCUCUUGGAGUCCGAAUCAACCAAGCAACCAAACUACGAAAACGCAUAAUUUCACCAUUCAAUCCUCGUUAUAGGGCUUGGGAAAUGUUUCUGGUUAUCCUGGUUAUUUACUCGGCCUGGAUAUCGCCCUUUGAGUUCGCAUUCCUGACUUACAAGCAAGAUGCAUUGUCCAUUUUUGACAACAUUGUCAACACCUUCUUUGCCAUUGACAUCUUUCUCACAUUCUUCGUAGCAUACCUUGAUAGCGAAUCUUAUCUGCUUGUUGAUAAUCCCAAAGCAAUAGCCGUCAGGUAUAUAUCCACCUGGUUCAUUUUUGAUGUCUGCUCCACCGUGCCAUUUCAAUCCAUUAGCCUCCUUUUCACACAUCAUAGCGGCGGUCUUGGGUUUAAAGUUCUCAGCAUGCUCAGACUUUGGCGUCUCCGAAGAGUCAGCUCACUUUUUGCCAGAUUAGAGAAGGACAUUCGAUUCAGCUACUUCUGGACACGAUGCACAAAACUCAUCUCAGUAACAUUAUUUGCAGUGCAUUGUGCUGGAUGCUUUUACUAUAUGAUUGCAGCUAGAUAUCCGGAUCCCAAAGGAACUUGGAUAGGUUCAGUGUACCCAAAUUUCAAAGAACUAAGUCUCUGGGAUAGAUAUGUGACUGCAAUAUAUUGGUCUAUUGUGACACUAACUACAACUGGUUAUGGGGACUUCCAUGCCGAGAACCCACGAGAGAUGCUGUUUGAUAUCUUUUAUAUGCUAUUCAACUUGGGAUUGACUUCUUAUAUCAUAGGAAACAUGACGAAUCUUGUAGUUCACUGGACCAGCCGUACUAGGAACUUCAGGGAUACAGUUAGAGCAGCUUCAGAGUUUGCAAAAAGAAAUCAGUUACCCCCGCGUAUACAAGAUCAAAUGUUAGCCCACGUAUGCCUUAAGUUCAAAACAGAGGGCCUAAAACAAGAAGAAACCUUGAAUGGCCUCCCCAAAGCCAUCCGUUUAAGCAUUGCUCACUACUUAUUUUUCCCCAUCGUCCAAAGCGUGUACCUUUUCCAGGGCGUUUCAUAUGAUUUCAUCUUCCAAUUGGUUCCUGAAAUGGAAGCAGAAUACUUUCCUCCCAAGGAAGAUGUUAUACUGCAGAAUGAGACCCAACAGAUCUGUUACAUAUUAGUUUCUGGUGCAGUGGAUUUGAUAGCCAAAGUUGAUGGCCAUGAUCAGGUUCUUGGAAAGGCUGUCACAGGGGAAAUCUUUGGAGAAAUAGCUGUUUUGUGUGGAAGACCCCAGCCCUUCACUGUUAGAACCACUGAAGUUUCUCAACUACUACGACUCAACAGGACUGCAUUGAUGAAUAUGCUUCAAGCAAAUGCAGAAGAUAAACAUGUAACAUUGGACAAUCUUUUUCAGAAAGAGAUAUGUGUCAACAAACAAGAUGCAACAGCACUGACACCGAUUGCUCUAGCAGAACAAGAAGCAAACAAAAGAAUAUACGGCCUUUCCUCCAGUAACAAAAACAGAGAAAAACCAGAUGAGCACAAUGAGCUUCUUGUACCUGAAAAGGCAAAAAUAACAGGGAUAGGUCCAUUUAAACCAACCAAAAUUAGGAACUGUCCCAAACUUUUCCACAGAAAUCCAAUAGAUAUUAGCUCAAGUAAUAUUAAAUGUCUGAGUCAUAGUGAUAUUACAGAAUUCACCAGGAAGAGAGUCACCCUUUAUAUGAAGAUUCAACAACAUAACACAGGGCAGAAGCUGUUAGGGAAGCUAAUACUCCUACCAGAUUCAGUGGAAGAACUGCUCAGGAUAGCAGGUGACAAAUUUGGAGGUCAGAACUUCACAAAAGUUCAAAAUGCAGAAGAUGCAGAAAUAGAAGACGUAAAUGCCAUCCGGGAUGGUGACCAUUUGUUUUUCAGCUCCUAGCAAUUAAAAAAGCAUAGAGCCUGAUG